AUGAAGCUUGUUAGGUUUCUUAUGAAAUGUGCGAACGAGACCGUUACAAUUGAACUAAAAAAUGGAACCAUUCUCCAUGGGACGAUAGCUUCUGUCUCGCCGCAAAUGAAUACCGCUCUACGCACAGUCAAGAUGACCCCCAAGGGCCGUGACCCCAUCUCACUCGAUUCGAUUAACAUCCGCGGUUCCACGAUAAGAUACUACAUCCUACCCGACAGUCUGCCUCUUGAUACCCUACUUGUCGAUGACCAGCCUAAGCCGAAGAACAAGGCGCGAAAGGAAAGUGAUCGUGGUGGCCGCGGUGGUGGCAGAGGAGGCCCCAGAGGGCGAGGUGGACGUGGAGGUGGUAGAGGACGUGGCCGGGGCCGUGGAUUUUAG